AUGUCCCAACUUCGACUUCGCAGAAAGAAGAACCGCAAUCCAACGGUUUUUAUCCUGUUCCGUCAAGGCCUUCAAAUGAGUGCUUACAACCCAAUCGAUUUGUAUGGUGAUGAUAUCGAAGUGGAUUAUCGUGGCUAUGAAGUCACCGUUGAUAAUUUCAUUAGGGUUGUAACUGGCAGACUACAGCCCUCGGCUCCUGCAUCUAAGAGACUCAACACAGAUCAACAUAGCAAUAUUCUGAUUUAUAUGACUGGUCAUGGAGGUGAAGGCUUUCUAAAAUUCCAGGAUGACAGUGAGCUUUCCAGUGUAGAAUUAGCUGAUGUUGUUAAUCAAAUGUGGCUUUCUCGUAGGUACAAUGAAAUGCUCAUAAUCACUGAUACUUGUCAAGCUGAAUCCAUGGGUAGUCAAGUCUAUUCUCCGAACGUUAUCACCGUCGGGAGUAGUAAAAUUGGGGAAGAGUCGCUUGCGCAUCAUCUUGACGCCACAAUUGGUGUGUUCGUCGCGGAUCGUUAUUCUUAUUACGCACUGCAAUUUUUAGAGAAAUUAACUCAUGAAAGUAAACAUAAUAUGGUGGAAUUCCUCAACCUCUGUACAUUCGCCAUGUGUCAAUCUACGGUGAAGUAUCGGACUGAUUUGUUUGCAAGAAAUCCGUCGAAUACUUUGGUUACGGAUUUCUUCUCAACUACUCAUAAUAUUGAGGAUGGGUCAUACCUUUUGUCAUCUGUCAAUGAAAAUGCAACAGUGUUUACAGAUGAAGAAUUCCCGAAGUAUGUUUCUGAAAAGUUGUCAUCUGUUGUCAUCAAUUCCAAAGUAUACUUUAUUCAUUCACUCUUUAUUUUGCCACAAGCCCAUGUAUUGAUUCGAUAUUUUAUUCCUUACCUUGAUACGUUAGAAACUCACGUACCAUCUGUGCUUGUCAUCUAG